UUCACAGUUCUGGAGAAAGUGAGAGACAGGGAAACAGAGACAGAGGGAGAUGGCUGAAGGGCAGGAGGAGAGGACCGGGUCAAGAUCGACUUCUACAACCAAGCUGAGGAGACUUUCAUCAUCUUGACUAUCAGCACUGUGAAGAGACCCAGGACCUGAGGAAAUAUCACUGCGACCCAUCCGGGCUUUACAAAGACACACACACACAUACACUCACAGUGACGGUUUCUGACCUGCUCACGCGAGGGACAUUCAUCAGUCUCUAAAUAUAUAUUUCUGCCUGCUGGAUUACAUCGUAACUGUGCUGUUUUUGAGACAGAGAGGAUAGGCUGGAUCCGCCUCUGCUGACUGUGAGUAUGGGGCUCUGUUUGUGCCUGCUCCACUUUCUCUGCUUUCACGAAUGAAUGGUUUUGGUGGCAUACAACAUAAGGUCAGCUGAUCAUGUCCCAACACUUAUUGUCUGACUGACAGGACGCGAAUUAUGAAAACCUAGUUCUGCAUCCGUGACGCGACCUGCUGAUGCAGAUGAAACCACGCCCUCACACAGACAGCAUUCAAACAACACUGUUGAUGCCACAUGCAUGAAUGAACCCUGGACUAUUUGCUAAGGGUACCACUAGCGGCAGCAUCAGCAUGAACUUACAUCACAUCACAUCACUACACGACAGUAGUAGCAUAGUUGAAUAUAGGUUACCUGUAAGCUGUUGGGCUUUUAAGUUACACAACUGCACAUGCCCCAAUGCUUUCCACUAGUCUCUUUGACCAUCCAUCCUCUCUGUUCAGGAGUACAGUGUAUUGAAACAGAUGGAGACAAUUCUUUGGAAUAGAGAGUGCAUGACCUUUAAUCCCAAAUCUGCAAACAUGUUGACAGUUUCAACAGCAAAUCUUCUUUUAUCCCCAGAUUUUGUUACUCUAGGCCUGCUUUUUGAAAAUUCUAUUACAGGUUAGGUAAUUUUUCUCCAUGAGGCGGUGAGCAUUACAUUCAAGCUGCUGCAAUAGGGAAGGAUGUCCCAAGGUUGCAGCUUUGCCAUACAAAGAACAGCAAAGCUUUUGAUUAUCUGUUUGCCAAAAUACUUUACUUUAUUGGUCAUACAUGUGCCUGUCUGCUAAAGAAAGAUGCUCUCAUCUGUAAUGUACAAGAUACAGCAUGCAUACAUUUGCACACACUUGUCCUUUGACUCUAUUUACAUCCUGCUACAAGCUGCAUCGGCGGCUGUUUGAUCUGUCACCUGGUUUAAAUUCAUGAUCCGGAUCCUUGAUGUGUUUAUUGACUGUAGUCUGCUGUACAUCUGCAGUGACACAAUGAAUCCCGCAGAAUGAAGACACUGAGAGCUGCAAGGUCGCUGUGCAUGAGCACUGCUGUAUUUACUUGAAACUCCAGGCUGAUUCCACUACCUCAGCAGUCUUCUGCUGCGAGGAAAGGGCUCUCUGGGUGACUUUAUUGUCAAGAGAUGAGAGUUGCAGUGUUUCCCAGUGAUGUUACAGUUUUUUUCCAUGGACAAAAUACCCAUGUUAGCUGCAUUCUGACGAGCAUGUUCUAGCUGCAGAGGUGGCUUAAGAGAAUAAAUCCCUCCAGCUCAUUAGCCUGUGUUUACUCUCGUGCAGGUAAAAGGCAGGAAAAAAAACUCCCUAAAGUACGUACAUGGAUCACUUUCACUUAAGUAGUAUAGGUCUACUCCCAUUAUAUCAUGCUAAUAUCAAGAGUUGCUCUCAACCCCUGUAUGCCCACUAUCACAUUUCCCAACAGAAGUAAAGUACUGUCUGCAGAGGUCUGGCUGUGAUUUAUUCAGCAUGCUGGCAGGCAGCACAGUCUGCAGACUCAGCAGCAGCACUUGAAGUUAAAGACUCUGUAGGGAGAGAGAGUGAUGCAUUGAUUAGUUUAGUCUUCCAAAGUAUAUGUAGAGUAUGUAUGGCUGAGUGAAGAUCUGUUCUUUGGCCUUCUCUCUAGGUAUCUGUGUCUGCUGUACAUCAGCCUUAGACCUGCUGACCCAGCGGAGCUCCAGCUCCAGAGGCCAUCCAUGGCCAUCGUUUCUCCCCUUCACUGAGAGGUGAGCCAAGCUGGCCUCCCCAGCCCCCUCCCAGCCCCCCGCCCCAGACCUGGACCCAGACCCCGACCCAGACCCUGACAAAUGCCACCCUAAUGAGGAGCAGUAUGUGAGCGAGGGCGAGCUCCAGUUUGACACGCAACCGGCGCCCGACUGCAGGGAUGCUGAGACCAUCACAGGUAAGGUGUCAGGGGUCAGUCUAUGGGGGAUCAAGAAAACAGUCAGUCUUGUUUGUAUAAAAAGUAUCAGGUGGAUUCUGGAGGGCUUGGUCGACAUUUCUGUCUUAGAAUGAAAGGAUUUUAUCCUCAGCUGAACUCAAGCAUGAAAAUCUCUAAAAAUAGCUGCAUUUCUUUCCCCUGACAGCAUCAGUAUAAAACCUCCUCUUUCCCUCUAGCAGGUGACAUGAAGCAGAGCAGCUUAGAUUUGUUUUCUUCAGAGGACAUGUUUUCUAUAAUUUGACCUUGUUUCCCUAAGACAUCAUUUAAUAAACUUAGCGGGGAAUAUUUUGAUUUGUAGUUUGUAAGAAUAACUUCUCCAUAAACUCUUUGGGUAUUGGGGGGAAAGGCUUUUAUAGCUCAAACAUGUAUUUCCAAAAGUAACUGACAAAGUGACAAAAAACUAAAACAGUUUAAAAAAUUAAUUGGUGUAAAAUAUUUAUUUUUAACUCAAACUUAAUAUGAAUUCAGCAGCUGCAUAAAGGAACCUAUCAAUAUCUCAGUUAUGACGGUUUUAAUAUACAAACUCUUACUCAGUGAUUGGAUAAAGUGUUUUUCUGCAUGCACCAGAGCACUGUAUUGAUUAAAUUCUGGCAGAAUGUAAUGAGAAAUUUAGUAAAAUAAGUUCUAGUACUAAUUAAUGAUUGCACUGAGUAUUUAUGUGAAUAAGUGCUGACAAUUAUAGAAUUAAAUCUUUUGUCUAAAACUUUUAAGCCAGUGUGGCACUUCUGAGAAAUUUCAUAUUUUACCCUUAAAAUAAACACUAAAACAUUGAGGUCAUAAUGUAAACAAACUCUGACUGAUCAGAAUAUUUGGCUCCCUGUUUCAGCAGCAUACAGACAUCAUGAAGGUUUAAGUGGAUUCACCUCUGUGUCUCUCCGUCCUCUCAGAUGUGUGCAACAGUACCGACCUGCCAGAGUUUGAAAUCAUCAGUCUUCUAGAGGAGCAGCUGCCAGUAUACCGGUUGCGGGCUGACACCGUCUACGGCUACGACAACGAUGACUGGCUGCACACGCCUCUCGUCGCUCCGGAUACCAGGUUCGACCUGACCACUGAGCAGAUCGAGGAGACUCUCAAAUACUUCUGUAAGUCUGCACAGAAUUCUGUCAACAGCAAAGAAAGCAGUCAAAGGAUAACAUAGGAGUCUUAUAACAAGUAUACUUAAAUACGUAAACAGUCUAUCAGCAAUAUGUAAUAAUACAAACAGUUACAUAUCAAAAAUAAAUCAACUAGGGCUGCACAGAUGGCCUUGCGGGUUAGUGUGCCCCCUUAUGAGGACCAUGGUCCCUAUAGCAGUUGUGGGUUCUAGUCUGGCCCUGGCCAUGUGCUGCAUGUCAUCCCCACUUUCUAUCUCCUAUGUUUCCUCUCUGUUCUUUCUAUUAAAAAGGAAAAAAAACACCCCCAAAAAUAACUAAAUAAAUAAAUCAACUACUACUACUGCACUGCCUGAUGCACACUACCUAACUUGGUGGUAUUGUCCCAUUAACAACAUACUAAUGCACACUGAUCCUGUCUCAUAUGUUACUUAAGCAGCUUUAUAGUCAUUUGUAUACAUCCAUAUUGUACCCAUUAUGUAUACAAAUUGUCAGGGAAGUUUGUUCGAAUGUAGACGAGUUAAUGCACCCAAACACAUUAGCACAGAAUUCACAGAGUCAAAAAAAAAGUACAACCUACCCAACUAAUAGGGUGGAUUUGAGCAAACAAACAUCCUGUGAUCGUCUUACAAGGAUAAUGAUAUUCUUGCAGAGGAUUGAAUUGGUUUCUUUUGUAUUAAACAAAAAAAUAUAUUUUUGUAAAAAAAAAAAAAAAAAAAGAAAAAAGACAGCUCAAGCUAAAAAAUUCAGUGGGUUACAAGUCCUGAAGCAAAAAGGGUUACAUCUAUCCCCAGCCUCCCCUGCUCAGACCACCAUCACACAGAACUGUGGCAAGAACUUAUGUUAAUUGUAGGCGAGAAGUACAUUGUAGAUUUUUUGUAUGUAAUAUAUAACUGAACAUUAUUGAUGGCAUAGAAACGUAGACAGGUACAAGUAAUACCACUCCGCCUUUAGGAAAAGAUCUUCAAGGUAUUUAACCAACAAAAAAUUCAAGUUCAUUUCAUUUAACUUUAUUUUCCAAAAGAAUUAAAAGUAAAGAGUUGGGGUGGACUAUAGACCACCACAACAGAUUUAUUUUCAUGCUGUUGGGCCCUGAAAGAUCAAUAUGCUCUCUGAUAUUAAAGGUCGUUUUAGUUUUCAUACCCCCAUCCUGUCAAACAUUGAUUCAGAGGCUGUAUGAAAUCAGAGAUGAGGCCUGGUGAGACAGAACAGCACAGUCUGCAUAAGCUUUUUCAGAAACAGGACAUCAAACUUCUCCAGGGCACUGCAAUAUAAAUACUAAGUAAAUGAAAUAUUCUCUACUCCAAAAAUCACUUGUUUAGCUUGUGUUUUUUGUCUCUGGCAAGAGUAGCUGUAUAUGUGUGCUGAAUAAUUAUACCCAUAAGCAUGAAACAGUCUAUGAGUGAGACAUUUUGUGGGCUUGUUUAAUCGAUUGUUGUCGUCCAAUGGGUAAUGCUACUUAGUUCUUACUGUAAUACUUUUAAAAUGUUUGUGUCCUAAAUGUAUUUUUCCCCCUUGCAAGUAAAGAGGAAACACAUUACAUAAGAGUCAAAUAAUUAGUUCCCUGUUCAUUAUAUUUGGUUAUUCCUCCUAACAAUAGUCGCUGAUAUAAGGCUCUACCUGUGUGUGUCAUAUCUUCAGUUUGUACCAUGAUCGAUAGCUAAAAGUGAGUACCUAUUUCCCUUUGUGGAUAGUGGUUGCCAUGGUAACAAUGGUCAGGGGCAAGUAGAUGUUCAGUGAUAGGGAUUGGAUUCAAGAAAGGUGAAAAGGAGAGAGAUGUAGGAGUUGUAUUAGCUCUAAGAGACAGAGAGGAGAGUCCACACCACAGCUCAACAUCUCUGAUUGGCUCUCUCACAUGUUAAAUCACAUCUACUUCCACUUUAACUCAGAGUGUUUUUCAAAAAAAAAAAAAACCUCUCUCUCUCCUCUCCCCGCCUCCCAUACACUCACUCAUACGAGCUGUUAUGUGGGUGGAGGCUUACUCAGUCUGUGAGCCUGUUACACACCAGCCGAGCAGGAGAGGGAGAGACUGAAAGUGAAUGGAUCAGUGUUUGGACCAGUUUUAGUCUCUUUAUGUCGGUCAUUAUGGAGCCUGAGAAAGAAAUGGAUAGCAAGAACCAGAUGGAGAGACUGGAGAGGGACGAGUGUGAGCUGAAUGAUUGGUACCUCAAGAAAGGUAAAGAAGAAGUUUUAAAACAUAGAAGAAAAUCUGGUUUAAUUGGAUUUUUAUUUAAUCUCUUUACUCUUUUGAGUAACUUUUAAUCAAGUUCUUUCUGCAGCUCAACUUUUUUAUUAUUUUAGGAACCUUGAGCGACAAAAACAUGCCGUUUGAAAGAGUUUGGUGUUUUUGGUGAAAGGUCUCAUGCUGGACCUCUCCUCCAGCUUUGAAUUCCCAUUAAAAGGAAACCUGCUGACUUUGAAUCUACUCUGUUUUGACAUGUACACAAAAACUGUCACUGUCUUCAUUAUGCUUGGAUGAAUCCCAGUGUGAAUACUCAUGGUUUUAGGUUUUUACUUUGUUUAAAAAGGAGGGAGUAAAAGGUGAUUUAGUUUGAUGUGCGGGUCGUGCUGCUAACAGGAUUACAGAGGUUUGCACAAUGUGUUCAAUAACUUUACUCAGAAUGUUAUCGAUUAAAGCUCUGAAGUCAAUAAGAGCCUCAGGCAACUGAGCCAAACUCAGUGCACCGUGGAAAACAAUUACUGCUUUAUCAUACACUAACAUUUAAUCAAUGAUGAUGGAGGUGUUACAACCUUAAAAUGACCCACCCUUCACCUCUGACAGGCUGGCUUUUUAAACUUUCUGUUACGUAACAUUGCUCUUUGUUUACCAUCACGCACUUGUGUAUCACAGCACUCCGUCUGUCUCCCUUUAAGUGUGUGAUUUUUGAUAUUUCCACAGUGCUAUGUGCAGACAGAGUGGGCCAGAUGACGAAGACCUACAAUGACAUUGAUGCUGUCACACGUCUUUUGGAGGAGGUGAGUUACCCCUUUUCCCUCUUGUGUAUUCUGUGAGUAGGUCAAGUCAGUGUAAACCACAUGUUGUGUUAUAAAUACUUGACUUACUUGUCAUUAAUCACGUCAUUCUUCAACCAACAGAAAGAGAGAGAUUUGGAGUUGGCUGCAAGAAUCGGUCAGUCUCUCCUGAAGAAGAACAGAACUCUGACUGAGCAGAAUGAGUACCUGGAGGAACGAGUGGGACAAAUCACAGAAGAGGUGUGCUCACACAUGCAUGAUGACAAAGAUAAAUCCUGCGCUGAUUCACAAAGUUGUUGGUUUGGUUGUUCAGAGCAGUUGAGUCAUAUAUUAACAGAAAAAAAACAACUGCAGUCCUAAUGCGUCAAAUUAUUUCUUACAAUCUUCACAGGCUAUCCACAACAGCUGAUAAAACACAUGAAAAACUUUGUGCAAUACAGCUGUUGAGCUAUUUCUACAGCUAUUUUUUUUUUUUUUUACUUGAUGAUAUAUCAGAUUUUUACGGUUGUAUUUUAACAAGUAUUUAUUAUUAUUGCACUUUCCUAGAUGGCCCAGCUGCACCACGAGCUGAACCUGAAGGAUGAGCUGCUGCAGUUUUACACCAAUGCAGCAGAAGAGAGCGAAGAUGAGUCUGGGGGGUCCCCAACGUGAGCGUCCUUUCUUUUUUGACCAAUGUGGCUAAUUUGGUUUUCUGUUUCUAAUAGAAAGCAAUAUGGCUGGCUUGGCCACUAAGAUUUUGCUUUUCUUUUAUAAGGGGUAGGAAAGGUAAACUGGAAAGUGCAGGAGGCUUUGUGAGUGACACGCUUCAGAGGAAACUCAAAGAUCUGGAGGAAGAGAAUCUGACCCUUCGCUCAGAGGUGCCCUCACACACACACACACACAUGUUGAAUGUAAAAUCUUUGGUUUGUUUGAGUGUAUUUUUGUAAUCAUGGAUGUGUCCACCUAGGCUAACCAUCUGAAGUCAGAGACUGAAACAUAUGAAGAAAAGGAGCAGCAGCUUGUCAACGACUGUGUCAAAGAACUUAGUGAGUCUCGCCGUAUUCUUCACUUCUGUCCUUGACUGUUAUGUGUUUUAUUUCUUUACCUUGUAUCCUAAUUUAGAUCAAAUAAUCUCUUUUUUUCUGUGUUUUAACUUUGUCUUUUACAGUAAUCCAUUUGUUUGUGUUUUUUAAAUAUCUCACAUAUUAAUUCUUUAACCUCUCCUUUCUUUCUGCCUGAUCAGGGUCGUCCAGUCUCCAAAUCUCUGCCAUAGCUGAGGAAUUAGCCCGUAAGACUGAGGAUGCUUCCAGGCAGCAAGAGGAGAUCACACACCUCCUCUCUCAGAUCGUGGAUCUGCAGAAGAAAGCCAAAUCAGUAAGCGCAUCGAAACCAUUUUAACUCACAGUUAACCGUUCACAUGCCCUGUUGAUUUUACUGAUUGGAAACGUUGUUUUCUAGUACGCAGUUGAAAAUGAGGAGCUCUCACAACACCUAAUUGCAGCUAAAGAUGCUCAAAGGCAGCUUACAGCAGAGGUCAGUAACUUCCUCAUGUUUGUCUAAUGUUUCCAAGCUGAUUCUGUUCUGUUGUAAAAAUAUAUUUCUAUUCAUAAUGAACAGCUCCAAGAGCUGGAGGAGAAGUACUCAGAGUGUAUCGAGAUGCUGCAUGAAGCCCAGGAGGAGCUGAAGAACCUGAGAAACAGGAACUACCCUGCAGGAACUCCUCGACGCUUCCAUCCCCUGGGGCUGUACCCAAUGGUGAGGGGGUGUGCAUGUGUCUGCGUGUCUGCGUGUUCCUGUAUGUUUGUUUGUUCGUGUACAAUCCAUUUCCAUAUUUGUUUGUAUGUGUGUUACAGGAUUCUUUGGCUGCUGAGAUUGAGGGAACAAUGAGGAAGGAGUUGAGUCUGGAUGAUCCUGAGUGUGAAGAACAGAAGUACGUACAGUACUUGAAGGGAUUUAUUUCACUAACCAGGGUUUUUCCUGGCUCAAAUUGAGGCAGAGGUGGCACCAUCCUGACCAUGCGCCACGACGUGCAUGUAUUUGUAAAUUCAACCGAUUCACUUUCUUUUACAGGCAACAUACUUUAAGUUAAGAGUUCAAAAAAGAGUGUGACCAUUAUCAUGUUAAAGCAUUCAUUUAUUAAAACUAUAUACAUACACAAAUCAGCUGGCAACUUUAAAUUGAAAGUACACUUCAUCCACACAUCUCGCAACCAGACAGAACAUUUCAGCCUCCUCUUUUUCAUUCUGUAGAACCUCCUCAUGCACUCCUUGUAGUCCAAGGCCUCCUGGUCUGGUCCAUGAACGGCCACCUUACAACAGACAUCCAAGUGCCUCUCCUUCAGUCUGUUCCGCAGAGGUGUCUUCACCUUAAACAAAACAAUUCAUCAUGCAUUAAGUAUUUUUGUUUUUAUUCUGAUACAGACAUGAAGAGUGAUAGUGUUUUCAAUCAUAUAUAUAUAUAUAUAUAUAUAUAUAUAUAUAUAUAUAUAUACGUUGCAGUGUCCUCCCUAAAAAAAAAAAAAAAACGACAACCAAUUAUUUCUUAAACUAUCUAAACUAUGUUAUUUAGUUUUUGUAACUUUAUUAGUUGAGUGUUUUUAGGUACUACCAUCUUUAAUAUACUUCUCCUUCUCUUCUGCUGCUUUGUGAACGGCUGUCACCUCAUGUCUUUUUAAUGUGUCCAGCCUGUAGUUGGUUGAUGGCUGUCUCACUAAGGAGGCAGCAAUUGCCUGCUGUGUUGGGGCACAGUGCUUUUGGCAUAAAUAACAGUGCAUGCCUUCCUCAGUAUGCCUGAGCUAGGUAAAUUGAUUGAGCCACUGCUUGUCAAAGCCACUGGCUCUGUGUUUUUGAGAAGAUCUAGAAAGAGGAAUAAAACCACGUACACGUCGGCUUUGCGUUGUUAUGCUCCUAAUUGGAAACUAAUUAAUUAAUUACCCUCGCCUCGCCGACUCGUCCUGUCCUGCAUUCUGACCCUCGCGAUCACCAGUCCCUUGUGAAGUACUUUCAGACCUGACACAAAUUUCCACGUUGUCACCAACAUGAAUUAUAGCAUUUUAACUGCCUGUUACGUUUUUUCUCUGCUGUGUUUCACCUGGACUCUUGACUUUCCUCCUCGCGAGGUCACUUUUUAAAGUACUGGCUGAUUUUGCCUGUCAUAACUGCAACGCUAAAAACGGAGUAAACUUUUUUUUUUUAAAUAAACACGACAUGCUUGGAUGCAAAAAAGAGAAGCAGUACUUACCUGUUUGUACCAUCCGCCAGGGAAAAUCAGGAUGCCGAUAGCACCAACUAGCGGAAAAAAACUUGAAAAAACAUGAUUCGAUCCGUUUCUUCUUCGGUAGAUGCUUCAGGUCUUUCCGGUGCACUGCUGUUGAUAUAGCGCUUCUAUAGUGGCGCAACCCUGCAACUGCAGUUAAAAUACGUUGCUGCUGCAUCGGGACAUCAAUCGCUCAAUCAACACAGCUGGAGCUUUACGCUGUGUUGAGCGAAAUCAAUCGCUCUGGCUGGGGGCGGCACAAAAUUAGGUGGAGGCGGCCGCCACGCAAUUUUGAACGCAGGAAAAACCCUGCUAACUGCUCAUUACACAUGUCCUGACCAUAGACUGUAUAUACUUUGGACAACUUGGUUCUGCCUACCACCAGUAUAUGGAUUUGAAGAAGAAAAGCUCUCGGUAAUUCCACGUUUUUUCUCCACUUCCUGAAACCAACAUUGCACAGUAGCGUUGUACGCAUUUGUGAGAGCCACCAAGAGUCGCUGUGAUGAUGCUCGGCUCAAACAGCGUAUCCCCUGGGCGAGUUACGCAAUCUUCGUAUGCCCAUAGGCUGUAUCAGGUGUCAAUCACAGAAAACAUGAACCCCCCCUAAUAACUUUUAAAAAUGGUGGGAGAAAAAUUUAUAUUGUGUAAUUAAUUUCUAAAGUUUGUCCACAACUCCAUAGGGAUUGCUGGAGGAGGUGGGAUUUAUGACCUAUACCGCAGCCUGUCACCAGAGGGUGCUGUUUUCGCGGUGGCUUCACCCAGUGAGGAAGCAGACGGUGUCCAUUCUAUAUACAGUCUGUGGUUCUGACCCAUUCAUGUUUUGCAUCCCAAGAACUUAUCCAUUGAUUGCCAUGCAUUUUGUAUGGAUGCCUUUCGUCCACCACAGGAUGAUUCUUUCGAAUUAAUCAGCAGCAUAACCACAUUAUUAACUCUUAGGUUCCACACAGUUUUGCAUGAAAUCUUCCUUUGAUUAUAAACUGGAUUUUUCAACAUUUACUUGCAGCUUUACAGCUUCUUUGUACAAAUAUAUUGCAGUAUACAGAAAGUGAAAGCCGAAUCCCUCUGGAGGAAAGUUUAUGAGUAGUGGGAUAUUCUGUGGGAUAGUAUGUGAAUAUGGAAGGUCUAAAAACAUACAAUACAAACAGUCUUAAUGAUCAGCAUUCAGACAGCUAUAAACAAUACAAACUUGUACAUCAAAUAAAACAAACUUUGAAUCGCAUCACAUUAUGUCAUACACAAAGAUUUAAUCAGUGAUCACAUGAUGGGUUUGCCCUGGUACAUGGAUUUAAAUGUAGCUGAACAGUCACCUCUUGCAGACGUUGACGGUUUAGUAGAAGUGGCAGGUAACACUGGAGCUAUUCAUCUCUCAGACACUAAUGUCUUUAGGGACAUGAUGAAAGCUGAUAUCAUAAUUAGCUGUCUUACGAGUAUUGUAAUCCGCUAACACACACACUUGUUCUGCGAUUGUCCUCUGUAUUUCUCCUUUAUAAGCAGAGUGUGACCUGCACAGCGGGGCUCUGGGGGCAGGCCAUAGAUUGGUUACAUAGGAAAUCUCACUGUUUCUGAACCUGCCGUUUGGGUCUGCCAGAGUUUCACAGCAAUUUGAAUGAAGAAAUACUCAGAAAAGCAGUUUUACAUUUAGUUUUCUCAUGAUAUGUCUUGCAGCAUCAGAAAAAUACCAUUAGAACAUAUAAAAAAGAAGAAAAACGUGAUUUUCAUCGCAGUGGGUCUUUAAUAUACUAAGCCAGGGGUCGGCAACCCGCGACUCUGGAGCCGCAUGCGGCUCUUUCUUCCCUAAGCUGCGGCUCCCAAUGGAUUUGGAAAAUAAAUAAUAAAUACUUAAUUGCAUUUUAUUUUAUUUUAUUAUUAUUAUUAUUAUUAUUAUUUUUAAUUCUAAAUUCAAAGAUUAUAAUGCUCUUGUAACAUUAAAUAAACUAUUAAGGCUGCAACAACGAAUCGAUUAAGUAGAUUCGUCGUGACGAAAAAAUCCGUUGCUAACAAAUUCUGUACUCGAUUCGUCGGGUCUUCAUAAAUGUCCAUGGACACCGGCGUGUAAACAUCAGCAGGACGUACAGAAAAGAAACAGCCAUGGCCGAGGCAGCGGCUGAGAAAAACAUGGACACAACCCAACCCAAAUCCCGACCUAAAACAUCAGUGGUGUGGGAAAACUUCACCAAGACUGAAAAGGAAGGCGUUCAGUGCAACAUUUGCAAGGACCGUUUUGCGUGGCUCGGGAGUACAUCGAUGAUGCGUGAGCACAGGGCUCUCAAGUCUCACGCAUUCAGCGUAUGACACACGCAUUCCCACUCGUUCACACGCUCACACACCACACAUUGUAUUUCUCACGCAUUUAAAUGAACACAGUGAUGUCCACCAAGUUGCACUUCUUCAACUAUGGAACUGGGGGAAAUCAACUGAGUUCCUCCGAGAGUUCAGAAGCUGCGUGCCACGCACAAGCCAAUCAAAUAAAGUAUAUCUACUGAACAGCCAAUCAAAAAGCAGCAUUGCUGUAUCCGGGUAGAUUUUGAUAUCUUGCGGUUUAACUACAGACGAAGACAGACACUCGCCGAAAUAGUUCAUUUAUUUCAUAAAUGCAACUCGCUACAGUUUUUUAUGUACUUUGUAUAAAGGUAAAAAAAAAAAAGAUAUAUGCAAUGUUAUCUUCAUUUUAGAUGUCAAAGAGGUUUUGUGGCUCCCUGUGUUUUCUUUUCUGUGGGAAACUGGUCCAAGUGGCUCUUUGAGUUUUUAAGGUUGCCGACCCCUGUACUAAGCAAACAAAAUUGUUCAGAGAAGUGAUCUUUGGAGUCCAAUAUUAAAAUUAGCAAAAGAUGUCAUGUUUAUUGUUGUACACUGUUUUCUGGAGCUGAAGUAUGACUCUGUCAAAGAUUGUCUCUUCUGGUUUGCCGUUGAUGAUUGGAGCUGCGUAAAUCCUAACAGGAAGCUUUGAUUUGAUUUUAACUGCAUUUGAUUUGAUUUAUUUACUUAUUUGAAGCAGGGUUGGAUGGUAUUUAAUGCUUUAAAGCUUUCUCUGCUUUCAUAUAGUCUGUGUGACAGAUAUUCACAUAGCUUUGGCAACUCCCUUUCUUUGGAUUGUAAACAUAAUAAGCUUAUUUUUUUAAGUAUUGCCUUAAAUUUUGCUCACUUUUCAACAACCAACAACAUUUGUUCAGUACUUGAAAAACAGCUGAUAAUGUCAUCAAAUGAUUAGUAUGUGAAGGAAAUUAUGCCCUGCACUAAAGCUCAUGUGUUCGGUUUCAUGCAGAAGCCAUCGGAAGCGAGUUUUUGAGACGGUUAAGACGGUCAACCAGACAGUCCGUCAGCGUUCUCUGACCCCGACCAGCUCCAACAUCCCGGGCUCCAACCAGUCGCUGUCAGCGCGAACAUCUCCCCAGUCCAGCGGCAUCUCCAGCCCUCAUUCCACCAUCUACGAGUGUGACAUCAGCGGGGAAAGCGGUGCACUUGACAACAGAACACAGAGCAUGCUGAUGGAGACUGCAUCCAACCAGGACAAGUGAGGCCGAGUCUCUUUAUUAAGAAGACUGAUAUGAAUCCUUCAAUCCAGAUGUUUUCAUGAAUCAAACAGUGAAGACGUUCCUUUUAAAUGUGGCUUAUUUUUAAAGUUGAGUCUAACUUGAACUUAACAAAUUGAUGUUUCAUUUUAAAGGAUCAUUGACUAAAACAAAAUCCCCUGAUUUCUGUUUUAACAGCAGCACAGAAAACCGAGAGAAGAAAGCCUCUGGAGCCGAGGACCUGCGGCUUGCUCUUCGCCGCCUGUCUUUGCGUCGUCAGAACAACUUGAGCGAGAGGCGCUUCUUUGAAGAGGAGCGGGAUCGAAGACGGGGAGGACAUGGAGGUCUGCAUGACGCCCUGGGCCAGGAGAGUGUUAUGACCCCCUCAGAGAGCAUUAUGUCUCUUGGGAACCUCCACGUUUGGGCCUCACGAGGGCCCUACCUCCCUGACAAACUCCAGAUCGUCAAACCGCUCGAAGGUGAGGGAGACAGAGAGAGUGGGAAGACAUGCAAGGUGGGGAGGAAGUGGGAAGGUGACAGACACAGAGGCGUUGUGACAAAGAAAGGGAACAAGUGGAGCUGGGGGACAGAGGGGGAGAGAGAGAGAGGCUGGGGAUGGGCGAGGAAGACAGGAGCAGGGAUAGAGAGGGAGAGAGGGAGAAGGUGGGCGAGAGAUCGAGCUGGCAGCAGGAAAAUGAAAGAAGCAAUCGAGGGGGGAGAGAAGCCUCUCACACUGAUGCUCUUCAACUCCUUCUGGUCUCUCAUGCACCAUCACAAGUCGGGCAGUUUUGCUUCUCCACACAGUUACUACAAAGACACACAGCCUAGAGGAUGGUUGUAGAUGAACACACACUUGUAUUUAAACAGAGGAAGAAAAAGUAUGUGCCAUGCAUCCAAAUCUUUGCAUUUGAACCAGAAUUAGGAGAAUACAAAUAAGACAGCUGUUCGGUCACAGUGGGUGUUCAUGGAGAGACGUGAAACUACAUCCCUACUUUGGGUGUGUUAGGACAAGUUUAAACACAGGAAGUAUCACAACAGCAUUUUAUUGGCUCUCGUGUGAGCUGGUGUAGAGUCGACCUGAAAGCUGGACUAUGCUGCUCUCUGCUGGUCAUAGUUUGUACUCUACAUAAAUCUGCUUUAUCGUUAAACAGUCCCUAAUAUAUGAAAAACCCUGGCAUUAUUACCACCUUAUUUCUUCUGUUUUAUUAUCAUUCUGUCUUUUCUUUGCUUCUUUGCUUUUCCUUUGUAACUACAAACUCCUUUGCUUUUGUAAUUCAUUUUUCUUUGAUCAUUCUGUAUCUUUUCUUCCCAUCUGUUUCACAUCCAUGUAGCUAACUAAUAAAAGGCUGCUCUCAUUCUCUUUGCUCCUCCGUUCAUUUCAUUGUCAUCAUUAUUUCCUGCUUUUCAUCACUUUUAACUGUUCCUUCAUUCUUGCCAUCUUUUCUUUUCUUUUUCCAUGAUCUUCACUUACUUUGUUCUUUCAUUAUAUUCUUAUUGGGGUAAUUUUUAACAUAAAAUACAUAAUUCUAAUUAUGACUUUCCCCAUCUUUUUUUCUCAUUGUCUGCGAAAUUGUUUUGGCUUUUAAUACAUUUAAAUCCCAUUUCUAGAAAUCGUCAUUUCCUCUCACACAAUUACACCACGAAUAAAAUCACAACACGUUUAUCAGUGUUUAUGAAUGCAGCAUAUUUUGCAUAUUUCAAGAACAACUACAUCUGAAAAGCUUUAAAUAUCAGGUGAUGAAAAAUUAACUAUCGAGUAUUUAGGAAGAGUUCUGUGUUGAGUGUGUCUGAAUACGCUGCAGCUCUACUCUUUUCUCUUCACCAGGCUCUGCCACUCUUCAUCACUGGCAGCAGUUAGCCCAGCCUCACCUCGGUGUCAUCCUGGACGCCAGGCCUGGAGUUGUGCCGAAAGGUUACAGACCCCUGGAACUAGAGCUGGAACAGGUCUGUGUAAAGUUUCUGACAGUGUGGUUAUGCUCAUCUCUGUUUCUUUCCCUCUGCAUGCAAAGCCUUUACUACUGUAUAAAUGAGUGUAUUAGUUUCACUUGUAAAUUUAACAACUUUUGUUUUUCUUUCACCAGUGCUCUGCGUAGUGCUAGUUCUUCAUUAUCAUUGAGAGUCAUGGUUCAGUCUAACUUUUAAGGCACUCCAGUACCACUUAAAUGCUCAAGAAAUGGCUGCAGCUUAAUCCAGUAAAAGGACAAUUUUCUUCGUUAUAUCAAAGUAACCAGUGAUCUGCCUUAAACCUGAAGCUUCUCUCAGUUAUUUCAGCGGAAAAAUGCAACAAUCGAUAAAAACAUUUACAAACCAAAACAACUCAGAGAAACUGACUGAAAGUGUUUGGUUCAAUUUUUAAAGUAAGUGAUGCAGAACAAAAACAAAAACCUUGAGUUUGUUAUAUGAUAUGUCUGAAAACUGCACUUUCAAAAUACUCCUUAGUCAGCCCUUGUUUGCUGAUAUUUAUGGUUAUUCUGCAUGUAUGCAUCUAUAAUGAGCUGAGCAUAUCCAUCUUUGUUGUUGCAGGUUUAUCCAUGGGGAGGUUUAGAAGAGGAUGAACCAGGGGAGCAAUAUUUCCAGAAUCUACCCACCUCCUCCGCAGUUGCCUCACCCGCUGUGCCCCCGACAUCCAGCACCAGUGACCCUAACCUCGGGCAGCCCCCAGCUAGCCAGCUAGCACCACCUUCUCCACCCUCACCAUCACCGUCCCCACACCUCAGCAACACCGACGUCCUCGGUGAGUACACACUUCCUAUUCACACAUUCUUCAGAAAUCGGACACCUGCUGAGCUCUGCACUUGUUUUACGGUCAUAUGUCUUUGUGUCGAGCAGCUGCGUACUACCCAGGUAAAUGCAUGGCCCACACCAGCUCUACCUACACUUUUACAACCUGUCGCAUCCUCCACCCAACUGAUGAACAGACACGGGUCACACCAAGGUAAACAAAAUAAGUUGUUUUGUAUUUCUCAGCAUUUCUUUUUGAUUCAUUUUUGCAAAGUCCUCGUCGACUUUUAAAGCAUCUCUAUUCAACAAUUCACUUGUUACAGAAGUCUCACUAAGAUGCUUUAAAUAUAUGAUAUUAAAUGUGUCACAUCAAGACAUUAAGAGUAAAUAGAAGCAGUUUCAUUAUGUCAUAUGGUUGAAUUUGUUAAGGAUCAGGUGCUUUUGGAAUCUGCUUAUUUUGCACUGAGCAGCAAUAGUAGUGGUUUAAAAGCAACUAUGUUCAAACAGUCAUUUUUGGUCAACUGUCCGGCAGCACGAGGGGGAAAAAUAGCUUUUUACAGUCAGAAACCUCAAGUAGAAGCAGCUUUAACAUUUUGGUGAUUGGAAAGGAGACAGAGGGAGAUGCUAAAAUAGAGAUAUGGAUAAGACAAACAACAAGAAAACAGCUUAUGCAGAUUUAUGUUUUUAGUGCCGACUAUAACAAUAAAAGUGAGUGUACUGUUCACAGGAACUGCAAAUAAGCAAAUGAAUCAUCCCAAACUAAUCUUAGUAUAUAUGGUAAUAAAGUUAACAGGUCUUACAGUGGCAUCUUCAAUAAUAAGGGUAAAUAAUAGGCGCAGAAAUCAGUCAGUUAAAGCCAAAGUUUCUAGCCUUGUCUUAAAAGAAGAGAGGGUGUCUGCCUCCCAGACCCUGACGAGAGGAGGGGGGCCUGAUAAGGAAAAAUCUACCUCCCACCUCUUCCUCCUACUCCUGAAGACUAUUGAUACAAUGAGCAGGCCUGCAUGCUGGGAGAGUAACGUUAGAGAGGGGUAAAGGAAACACUUGAUGGAGCCCUGACCAUAAGAGGAAGGACUUUACAUACAUAGUAACUUUGAAACAAUGCAGGCACCAGCUUUUACAUCUAAAAUUAUGUAAACACGAGUCUCUGAAAUCAGAGAGUCAUAUUGUUGUUCAGCGUUUUUUAAGUGCCUUUGUUUUUUUUGUGUUUUUUACCAACUUCACAGCCUAAACCCAGUCCCAUCCUCAUCCUCCUGUGUGAUGACCAGCACCCUGUUGGGCACUCCUGCUGCUACACCCUGUACACCCCGCAGACUUGGUCUCAGGCCGUCUGAAUCCUCAACUAACCUCAGGCACAGUCUCACCUUUUUGUUGAUCAGUUAACACUUACUUUUACUAAACCACUCUGAGCUUGUUGUAGUCUCAGUAAAAUAAAAACACUUGUUGUGGUGGUUAAGCAGUGAGCCUCAAUCUUUAAAUUCCCAAGCCAUUAUUAUAGUAACUUGUUUUUUUUUCCUUUUUACUGCAGAGAUGCAACACGCACCACCAGCACUUCAUUGGGGUUAGUGCGCCUUCUCCAGGAGAGAGGGAUCUCAGCAGCAAUGUAUCACCAGAGCCUGAGCCUUGAGCAGGGUCAGGGUAAUGGAGGAGUCUUAUUCAGCACCUCUGUAGCCCCUAACAGAGCCCCAAACCCAGACCCUCUGCGCCCCUCUACCCCUCCCAACUCACCCACAGGAGAGGGAACAUCCACUGCACCAACCCCAGUUGGAUUUGACUUCAAGAGCCCCUCCUACGACAACUUCCUGGCCUCGAAACCGGCUCGCUCUAUUCUAAAGGAGGUGACAGGGAGGAUGAGGGGGAGGCAGAGAGGGAGAGAUUGUGAAAGCCAGACAGACGUUAGUGUGACAGUCCACAACCUCAACUUGCUGGACAAGGUGAAGCGGCUGGGUGUGGCUGGAGCUUCAGGAGGCAGAGCAGUGAGUCCCAGCCCCAUCCUGGGGCCCCUGGGAGGGCUGCGGAGAUCCGGCUCCCCUUUUGGGCCUGAUGGGAUAAGGAGGAACCGGAGUUAUCCAGCCAUGGUUGGUGCCAGUAUGGCAAUGAAAGCCCCGGGACCCCAGGAGUAGUCUGGAACUGCUGCUAGCCAGUAGGCCAAGUAGGACUUAUGACUCUCAUGGAGCUCAGACUGACACUGUCCAAACUGUACAACAUGUCACUACUAACCUUUUAUCACUGCUGUGGUUCCAAACAGACACUGUCCACUUUUUAGAGCUUUAAUGUGCUGAAUCAGGCCUGAAUUAGAAGACUCCAUAAUUGGUUUAUCCACAACAAAAGAAAGACAAUUUUGAUGUGAAGCCAAUCAGAUAGUUAUGGUCUUUAUGUGCCCAUGGUUUAAGAUACAGAAUUGAUUAACCAAACUCGACAAAAGACUGCACCUUUAAAUUGAUGAGAAAUUGCCUCAGUCAUUCAAACAAAGAUUAAAAACAUAAAGCAAAUCUCCUAAAUCACAGUUCACAAUGCCUUCAACGCAGUAGCUAUUUCUACCGCAACUCUGCCUGAAAUCACAAAUUUGUCUUGUCAUGCUGCGUUAUUUUGUCGGUAUGGUUCAACUAUACUAGAGAAAGCUUUAGAGUUGCUGUUUGAAAGGGUUUCUUGAACUGACAUGAGGUUAGCUGUUAGCUCUGCAUCAGAUUUAUGCUAAGCUAGUGGUCUUGCUUAUUUACCUCCACACUUAAAACUAAGAAUUAAGAAUGAUAUCAAUUUCCUGAUACACUUAAACUUAAGUCAAGUAUUUUACUAUGAAAUUAAAAGUAAUGACAAUGAUAGGAAAGUUCUAAUCAAUGUUCAAGUGUUGCAGAGCCAUAGGAUUUGUUUGUUUGUAAAUCUGUCCAUAAGAUUUUAGGACAAACUCUAAAAUAGUGUGUUUCAGACUGUAGUUUUGCUAAUUCUGGUCCUUUUCUCCAGUUUCAUAACUUUCAGAUGUUUUGAUCUGAUCUUUGUUCUUUUCAGAUCCCAAAACAGGCCUUUGCAUCGGUUUUAGCUGCUAAAAUGUUGACAUUCAGAGUGAGUCCACAAACCACUAUCUUUGUGUUUAUUGUUAUUUUGAGUGUGUCCACAGGCUUAUGUUGGCAUCCCAGAGCAGUCGUGACUUUUGGUUGAUUUUGGCGCAGAGAUCUGAAAGCGUGGGCACAUAAGACAAUUUUAUGUUGUGUCACUGGAUGGAUUCUACUAAAAGGGGAACAUCUUUAAAGAGAGAGAGAGAGAGACAUUAAAAUUAAGUAUCAGAUGAAAAACUGUAGCAGCUUUAUUCCACUGCUGUACACUCAUAUACCUACUUUGGAGACGGAUUCUGCUGGCUAGAUGUAGUGCUCCCGCUCUUGCCUUCUUGGAAACACAUCCAGAUACACACUGAUAUACUCUGUUCAAAACCCCUGUGGCACUGGCUGGCUAUUUGUAGUUGCUGUAGCACUAAAUCAUGCCUUUCUUCUUUUCUGUUUGAUGGAUUAAGACCCACAUUUGACAAACAUUGAAAAAGAACAGAAACUUCCUAAAAUUCGCCAUCCCUACCCUCACUUCGUCUCCUCCUCAACUUAACCCUGUUGAAGUGAUGAAUUCAGAGGUGAUGAGUCACUUUCAACAAAUCAUUGAAAGAUUUUGUGUCAGUAUUAAGAUACUCUGGUUAGUUUCUAAUUGGCCAUUAGACAGGGAAGUAGAUGGUGCUUCCACUGGACUGAAUGGAUCAAUACACUGAAGCCGCAGCUCACAGAGAAGGCGCAGAGAUGGAUGACUGAUGUGUUUCUAGUUAAUCAGCUGACGUGGUUAGAAUCUUUCGGGAAAAUUAAGCAAUAUAGUGCCUGGACCGUGAGUGUUUUUGAAGAUUUCUGCUCUUCGUGUGGGGAGUUCAGAGUGGGGAUGAGCUGUCGGAACCAUUUUUUGCACUUUGGUUUUAUUUAUAUAUGAAAUCCUACAAAUUUAACUCAGAAAAUUUUGUCAUACAUGUGCUCACUGUAUAUAUAGGUCAUUUUCACUCAAUUAUAAGUGAUAACAUGCUAAAGGAAUUAUUAUGUGAAGUGCAUAACCAAGAGCAACACAUUAUUGGAAGUAUUGGCGAGGGCAUGUAAGGCAAGUUUUUUUUUUUUUUUUUUUUUCAAAUAAAAUUUUCAAACAAUAUAUUUGUCUUAUAUAUUUUUAUUUAUUUAU